AUGAGCAAGAUUGCUUCCACCCGGGCCCUCCGGUCCUUGAAAUACCUUAACCUCUCCAACUCAUGGAGCGCCCAGUUGUCUCCUAGAUCCCGUUGCCUGCCUACCAACUGCAGACCCACCAUCGUCAAUGCACCGCGGCGGGUUGCUUUUGCUCUGACAAGGACAAAUUCAUCCAUUGCCACCCAUAAAUCAGGCCGGAACCGCCAGAAUGCUUUCGAGUAUUCUCCAAACGACUACGCCUCAGUGUAUACAUACCUCAAAAGCUCGCCAACGAGCCAAGAGGGUCCUUUUGGAACGUUUUGGCUUCGUUGUCAAUGCUCCAAGUGUAUCCAUCCGGACACAAGACAGCGGGCGGUGGAUACUUUCUCGAUCCCUCGUGAUGUGUCGGUCAAAGAUGUCCAAUAUAAUGAAGGGGGUGCCGAGGUGCAAUGGUCAGAUGGACACCGCGGUGUCUACCCGUACUCAUUCCUGUCUACCCACUUCAACUCCCCUAAAAAUAGCCAGAGCAAAGUAGGCUAUACUCACUCCAAUUUCAGACCUUUCAAAUCACACGACCCCGCUAGCAAGGAUUAUCCGACAGUGGCAUAUGCGGAUGUCAUGUCCAGCAAUGAAGGCUUGUUCGAAUGGCUUGAGAAAAUUUACGUGUGGGGUUUCUGCUUCGUCAAAGGCGUCCCUGUUGACCCAGAGUCGACCAAGACCCUUAUCGAGAGAAUAGCCUUCAUUAGACACACCCAUUAUGGUGGUUUCUGGGAUUUCACGGCGGAUCUGACCUUCAAGGACACUGCCUACACGACGGAAUUCCUCGGCGCGCACACGGAUAACACCUACUUCACGGACCCAGCCAGACUUCAGCUCUUCCACCUCCUGUCUCAUACGGAUGGCGCCGGCGGUGAAAGCCUGCUGGUGGAUGGAUUCCAGGCCGCUGCUCGCAUGCGGGCUGAAAACCCCUCCAACCUCGGUAUCUUGCAGAGCGAGACCCAGCCGUAUCACUCCAGUGGUAACGAGGAUGUUUGCAUCUUACCUGCAAGCAUGGAGCCUGUGGUCAAGGUCCACAAAGAACUGAAUAGGAUCUACCAGAUCCGUUGGAACAAUUAUGACCGGGCUGCGAAACGGGACUGGGACCUGCACCGUCAAAACAGAUGGUACAACGCCGCGCAUCAUUGGAACAAUAUCAUCACGCGCCCCGACAUGGAGAUCUGGACACAGCUGGAGCCCGGUACUGCGCUCAUCUUUGAUAACUGGAGAAUGAUGCACGGUCGUUCCGAGUUCACUGGAAAGCGCAGAAUGUGCGGCGGCUACACCAACAAUGAUGACUUCAUCUCGAAGUAUCGUCUUCUAAAAUUCGGUCGGGAGAAGGUCCUGGAGAACCUGGGAAACACCUUUGUCUACAAGGACAACCCAUUCUACUACAUUUGA